CCAAUUCCAUCCUCCAACCGGACCAGAGACGAUGGUGGUGCAACGGCUCUAACACGCGCACACCACGUCCGACAGUUAUUGAGAGUGGCCGCAACUUAUUAAUAGUGCUCUUCCGCUCGGUCGCUUCGGUUUAGCAGCACUUCGAAUACCGCGUGACACAGGGCAGCAGCAGCAGUCGAGUGCUUCGAGAGCGCGGCACAAACCGGCGUAUUGUUGUUUGGCUUUACCCCCUGCAUUGUUUGCUACAUUGUCGUGCUGUGCGGUCGUGUUCGAUAUCGUGAGCGCUUCCUUUUUAUAUAAUCAGAGCCAUGGAAAGUCUUAGGGAUGGUAUGCUGGUGGGACUCGGCAACCCGCUGCUGGACAUUUCGGCCGUGGUUGAGAAAGACCUGCUGAACAAAUACGAUAUGCAGCCGAACAAUGCGAUACUGGCGGAAGAGAAACACAUGCCGAUCUACCAGGAGCUGAUCGAAAAGUACCAGGCGGAGUACAUUGCCGGUGGCAGCGUGCAGAACUCGCUGCGCGUCGCGCAAUGGAUACUGCAGCGACCGCGGACGGCCAUCUUUUUCGGGUGCGUCGGGCAGGACGAGUACGCCCGCAUCCUGGAGGAGCGUGCCACGUCGAACGGGGUGAACGUGCAAUACCAACGGUCGGCCACCAGCCCGACCGGUACCUGUGCCGUGCUGGUGACCGGUACGCAGCGCAGCCUGUGCGCCAAUCUGGCCGCUGCGAACGAUUUUACGCCCGAGCAUCUGCGGAGCGACGGCAAUCGGGCGUACCUGCAGGGGGCACAGUUUUUCUACGUGUCCGGCUUUUUCUUCACGGUCAGCUUCGAAAGUGCGCUCAGCGUGGCGAAGGAGGCGGCCGCCACCGGGCGGAUGUUUAUGAUGAAUCUUAGCGCACCGUUCGUGCCACAGUUUUACAAGAACAAUCUGGAGGAGAUAUUCCCGUACGUCGAUGUGCUGUUUGGCAACGAGACGGAAGCGAUCGCGCUAGCGAAAGAGUUCAACUACGGUACGGAAGAUUUGCGCGAGAUUGGCAAACGGAUCGCCGCCCUGCCGAAAGAGAAUGGCAAGCGGAAGCGCAUCGUCAUCAUUACGCAGGGCAGCGAUCCGGUGCUGCUGAUCGAGGCCGGAACCGACACCGUGCGGGAGUUCCCGGUGCAGAAGCUAGCGCCGGAGCAGAUGGUCGACACGAACGGGGCGGGUGACGCGUUCGUCGGCGGCUUCCUGGCUCAGCUGCUGCAGAGCCGCACCGUGGACGUGUGCAUUAAGUGUGGCAUUUGGGCGGCACGGGAAAUUAUUCAGCGGUCCGGCUGCACCUUCGAAGGCGAACCGUCCUUCUGUGCUGACAAUUAAAGUGCCGAAAGCGUUUCUUUCGGGAAAGGAUUCCCGCAAGCGGUGAAGGUCAAA